AGGGACACGUGAAUUCACACUGGAUGGAUGGAUUCUAAACCAGCCAGCUCACAUCAGAAGCGUUUAAGGAUUUUAAUUAUUAUUUUAUUUUCAAAGCUCCAACAUGAGAUGUUGUAAUGUAGUUCUAACUGGGAUUGAUGAGACUGCAAACAGGUAAUACGUCCAAUAGGGUGAAAAGACUGACUUCAAAUUCUGCUUUGUUAACUAAAACAUACAGAUGUGAAUCCUACAACUGCUGCAUGGCGACCAAUCAGGUGACGGACGGGAGGGAGGGAGGCUGUUCCCGGAUCGGCUGCGACCCGGCCUGGCAAUCAGUCGCACGGGACACCGAGCCCCGGUCGGCCACCAGCUCAGCCCCGUGGCGGUGACACCUCUGACAGCGGCUCCAGACUUCACCACCUCGUUUCUUCUCACCAAGAUGGCUGAAGUGGAGUUGGCGAAAAGGACCCUGCAGGCCAUCAUCCAGGCCAACAGAGGUGGAGUGUCCUUGUCCCGCCUGCAGUCGGAGUACAAGGAGCUAACAGGAGAACAGAUCCCGCACAGACAGAUGGGAUAUAACCACCUGGAGGCUCUGUUAGCCAACAUGUCCUCUGUUCGCAUGGAGAGGAGAGGUUCUGGAGAGAUGUUUUAUGCUUCUUCUGGUGCUAAGGAGGGAGGACACACAGCCAAGGUGAUGGCCCGACAGCGAAGCUCCAAGAAAACAGGCAGACACCACAUGGUCAACACCCAGAUGAGGGUUAAACCGGCUGUUCCUCUAGUCCUCAAUGCCAAACCCCAAACCUCUCUGAGGCAGCCAAACCGCCGAGGCGGAGGAAGAGGAGGUGGAGGUGCCGGCCGCGGGGCUGGACAUGGAGACUUCAGACAGACGAGAGACCUGAGGGAUGUCCUGACGGAGGGAAGAGCUGGAGGGCAUCCCAACAAGCUGACCAAUCACAACGUAGCCAAUAAGAGAGGGAACCUGCCUGCAGAAAAACAGGACAAGAGGAUGACCCUCCCAACACGCUUUCAGAAGGAGAUGCACGCUCACCUCUCCAGAAAUCCACAACAGGGAGGGCCACCAGUAAAUCUAAACGAGAGCUUUGGCUCCAGCAAAAGCAAACCAUACAACCCUCAGCAGGUCCAGAGUCACAUCAGAGAGAUUUUGGCAAAGUACAGCAAUGGCUUCUGGGUGUCAAAGCUGCCUCAGAUCUACAAAGAGCUUUACAAGCAGGACCUUCCCCCAGAGGCCAUCAAAGACCUGGAGACCUGGACCCACAUAUGCAUUGUGGAGAAAACCUGCAGCAGCAACUCAUCAGAGCUGCUGCUCUAUCCCGCCAAGGAGCAGACCAGCACAUCCAUUCCCUCACAGGUCCUUAACUCAAGCUCCCCCGCCUCCCCAGCUGAAAUGACCCCCACCCAAAUGAGACCCCUCUCCAAUCAUCCGGCUCGCUCUGACUCCUGUUCUCCUCAGUCUCCACCAUCUUCCUCUUCGUCCCCCAGCCCUCCUUCCUCCCCUGCAGCCCUCAGCCCUGACCUGAAGCAGAAACUGGAGGAGCUGCUGGUGAAGUACUCCAGUGGUCUCUGGGCCCACGCUCUGCCCAAGCUCUUCCAGGACACCUACAAAGCUAAACUGCCCGCACAUGUGCUGGAAAACCUUGACCUGCUGUCAGACAUCUGCACCAUCAACUACCCGAUGCCUGAUAACCCCAAGAGGGCCAUCCUGUACAGACGGAGCAGCACUGGAGGUGCAGAGGAUGAGAACUGCAACAGGAGGAGCUCGUCAACCAGUGAAGAGGAGAUGAGAGUGAGGAGUGAGCUGGGGAGGAGGCUCAGUAACCACCAAGUGCCUCAGCUGCAGAUCCCCAAAGAGGAGUACCCCUCCGUUCUGGUGAUGGAGGCCACCAACACCAACACAGUUAUACUAAGGUACAUCGGUGAGGGUUACUCUAUGGCGCAGGACUCAAUGGAGGACGAGAUGAGGGUGUUUUAUGGCUUAGAUCCAAGCCGCCAAGCUCCUCUGUCUUCUCCAUCAUCAGGCCAACUCGUAGCAGUUCGGGCUGAGGAAGAGGAGAUCCUCAGGGCACAAAUAUGUGAGGUUAUGCCUGAUAAAGUCAAGGUGUUUUAUGUAGAUCACGGCUUCUCAGAGGUGAUUAGUAAAACCAAAGUGUUGGAGCUGCAUGAGAAGUUUUUCAAGCUGCCUUUCCAGUCAACAAAGUGUAAACUAGCAGGCCUGGAGCCGUUCUGCCAGGAGCCACUUGUUCUGAAGAAGUUUGAGACGAUGGCGAGUGGAAGAAUCCUCCUGGCUGAGAUCUUAGAGAGAGGUCAGAUCCCUCUGGUGGUCCUCUAUGAUACUUCUCAGGACGAUGACGUGAACAUUAACGCCGCCUGUGUGAAAGCUCUACAAGACAAGACACUAGCAAGUCCGUUACAGGUGAACAGCGCUUAUAUGAACGUGACUGUCAGUAGCGUUUGCUCCGACGGGACCUUAUACUGCCAGCUUCCCUCCAGAGGACUCGCCAAGCUGAAUGAGAUACUGGAAAAAAUCGAAAACUACUUCCACGCACAGGUGACGUCAGAGUUUUUAGUAUCCAGACCUUUUUGCGGGAAAGGAUGUCUGGCUCGCUAUAAAGGCAAAUGGUCUCGUGCCGAAAUCACCAACCUGCACGGCAACAGAGUGUUGGACAUCCUGUUCAUAGAUGUGGGCGUCCAGGCUUCCGUAGAGGUGUUUGAGCUCAGAGAGAUCCCGCCGCUUUUCCUCCGCGACUUCGUGUCCAUCCCACCUCAGGCUGUGAAGUGCUGCCUAGCCGACCUGGCUGUUAGUGUGGGGUCCUGGUCUCCAGAUGCUGUGCAGUGGCUUCGAGAGAAAGUGCUGAAUACCUCAGACUGCAGCAUGAAGGUUGCCAAGGUAGAUGAAACUAAGCGCAGCGUCUAUGUCUACUUGUUCACCGACAAGAACUUCCAUGAUCAGGCACGCAGCCUCAACCACCAGUUGGCCCAGUCCGACUUGUUCAAACAGCAACCAGAUGUCUUCCUGACCAGCCACAGCCCAACCAAGAUGUCCGCAAACCCUCUUUCCUCUAAGACCUCUAGCAGCAGUGACUCCACCAGCAGCAGUCCAACACAGGCCCCUGUCCCAGCCAAGCCUCAUCCCAGGAGGACGCUGUCCGGACCUAAAGGAGGGGGAGGAGGCAACGUAAUCUCCGCCAGCCCACCUGAAACCCCAUCAUCACCUUUAUCCUUCCUCCAGCUGCCACCACUGCUGGAACUACCCAACGUUGGACACAAUAUGGACGUGUACGUGUCGGUGGCGUGUCAUCCAGGACACUUUGUGCUGCAGCCCUGGAGAGACAUGUAUAAACUGGUGGUGCUGAUGGGAGAAAUGAUACUUUACUACAAUAAAACUGAAGAGAAACCCCUCAAAGUGGAAAAGAACUUGAUUUAUGCCGCUAAAAUUGAAAACAACUGGCACCGUGUGUUAGUGAAGGGAGUUCUGACCAACGGGCUGGUUUCUGUGUAUGAGCUGGACUACGGUAAACAUGAGCUGGUCAGCUGCAGUCAGCUCAGAACUCUGAUAAAGGAGUUCAGACAGCUUCCGUUCCAAGGCAUCCACGCUCAGCUGGCUGGAGUGAAGCAGAAGCAGUGGUCAGAGGAAGCCUCCAUCGUUUUCAGAAACCACGUAGAGAAGAAGCCACUGGUGGCCCAGCUGGAGGGCGUGCAGGAAGGCGCCAACCCCUGGGACAGGAAGCUGACCGUCUUCCUGGUCGACACCUCACAGGAGGAAAGAGACAUCUGGGUGCAUGACAUCAUGGCUGAGUUUGCAGAGGAACUGAGCAACGCGCUGUAGGCAAAAAAAAUAGCUGUUCUUCUGAUUCCUGAAAGAGUAGGACUUAAAGAAGUACAGAGUGAACGGAACAUAGAAAGACUAGAAGGAUUUGUUAGCAUGUAGAUGUGCAACAAUAGAAAAAAACUACAGGAACAUGCUACUAAUAUAGGCGCUGGUGUUGUGGUGAACUUCCUUCUUUCUUCCAUAACAUCAAAACAAUUUCUCACAAUGAUAGCAUGCAUCCGCUUUCACUGAGUGCAGCUCUGCAUGUGGAUCCAGUGUCAGUGUGAGCAAUCUGAAGCUCCUGAGCCCUAAAAAAACAACCUGAGCCUCAUGCAUUCUGAGAUGCUGGCUUAAGCCUGCAGGCAUUCUUUAAAAAAAA